AUGCCACCGCGUCUGGCACCAUUAAUUUUACUAAACAUAACAGCCCUAGUUACCACGAUUCGACUACCAAAAUUUCCGUUUGCCAACUAUUCGUUAGCCAUUAACAUAGAGCGGCAGUUAAAAGGCAACACAGGGAUUCCACUAGCAUGUGAUGUGAGUACGAGGGUUGUGGGCUAUAAUUUACUGGAAGACCUAAUCACAUCAUACACACGUUCAUAUAAUCGCAUUUUUCCGAUCAUAGCCCACAAUAUAAAGCGUCUCUCUACAUUCAAGUUACAAUCAACUAAUCAUGCCAGAAAAGCAGGUGCCACAAUACAUGGAGAUACCAAAGCCACUAAUUGUUGGGAAAUAGCAAAGAGUAGCCCCAAUAACAAAUUGAAAUGUUCUGUACAAUUAACUGUUCCAGAUUCUACAAUUUUGGUAAGGGUGGUUAAUCGUGAUAACCCCAAGCUUACGGUCAAUUCGCCAUAUACAUCAAUACAGGUUUUAAAUCUUUUACGGCGUACUAAUCCAAAUGCAAUAGAAAUGAUUUAUUAUAAAUCAAAUAUCCCCUUUGAACAUCUACUUGGUGUAGCAUCGCUUCCAACGUUACUAAUUGGCGUUUUAAUAGAAUAUCCCUUGCUAAUACAAUUACUCAGCUAUGCAACGUUUGGGUGUAUAUCAUUUGUUUUAAAAGGCUUUAUGUGGAAACUUCUCAUUAAAAUACUUACUAGCCGCUUAUUCUGGCAUCCUACCGUUUACAACAUUUGGUGCAGUAUUUACUAUAAGACUUCGGGACCGGCAAAACUAUUUACUCUCAAACAAGUGCUGGACAAUGUAACAUACUUAUGCACUGAGAUUUAUAAGGUUUUCUUGGACGCUACAAUUUAUACAGAGGGUAUCAUGUUAGAACGGGAUUUGAGGAAAUAUAUUCAAUCACAAGCUACGGAUAAGGACAUUAUUACUAUCGAUUGCAGCAGAGACCGUUUAUUUACGCAUAGCAAGUCAUAA